AUGGAGAUGUUGCAGGGAUUGCCUCUUAGCGAAAAUGAGGCGGAAAUUAUCUCCAAAGUGAUGAAUAGCGAGUCGGCUCCGUUGGAAGCGCUGGUUAUUACCGCCGCCGGAACCAUGAUCGAUUUAGCUAAGAAAGAGCUAAAAUGGGCCCGUCAUGCAGCGCUUCUAGCGUCAAUGAUCAUCGAGAAAGAAAACGGCCAGUACAAAGAUGAACCAAAACGACCCUUCAGAACUCGAACGCUUGGAUUAUUGCAAAAGACAUUCAAGGACAAGGCAAAUUUGAAGCCAUCGGAGUUUAGAGGCUUUGUUGCCUACAUUUGCGGCCUCUACAAGACAAUACGAGUCAAAGGCCAAGAACUUGGCGUCCUUGUCACGCCAGUUUUCCAAUGUCUUGAACAACUGACGCUCUCUGGCGAGCAAAAUGACAUUCAAUGUCUGAUGGGCCAGCUACAGCUAAUUGGUCAACAGCUUGAAACGGCCAACAACGAAAAAAUGGACAAACUAUUCACCUGUAUACGAGAUUGUUUUAUUAAUCCAAAUACUAGCUCUGCGGGAAGAAGAAUGCUUUUGGAAAUUAUUGAAGUAAGAGCUGGUAGAUGGUGCCUGUCAACAGCUGCCUACGAGUACUAUUACUGCCAAAAAGUACAAGUCAAGCCUUCUACGGAAAAAGUCGAAAACUUCACAUCAGCGGACGAAGAAAUGUCCCGAAUGUUGAAAAAUCGCCGCGCGCAAUCACUCGAACGUCGCUCUUCAGACGAAUCCAGACGGACCUCUUCCUAA